AAAUCAUUCAGAAUCUUUGCAAAAUAUAAAAUCAAAACUGAUUACUAUCUCAUUACUGCACUGUACAGCAAUAAACUUGACAAGUUAGUGAAGCCGUAAUAAAUAGAUAAAUGUUACAAAAUUUCCAAUAAUCUAUCUUAUUGCGUUUGUGUGGGGAAUUUUUAUCAAUAUGACAAAAAAAAGAUUUAUUAUAGCAAAGAUAAUUAUGUAUAAUUAUAAAUUAAAGAAAAUUAUAUAGAAACAAUUUUGCGGCAAGAAUGAGAAUUUACAUAACUCAAUUAUAAUUAUCACAAAAAAUCUAAAAAUUGAUUAUAUACUUUUUGCAAAAUUUGAGGAUUCUAGCUGAAAUAGCUUCCCGAAUGUACGAAUCUUAGUAUUUAAUUCAUAUGGGAGGUUCUUCGUCUAAUAAGUAAUUUAGUUAGUUAGUUAGAAAUAGAAAAGAGCGCACAACAGGCACAAUGGGGAUAUAGGCGUCGAAGUAACUCGACGUCGAAGUAACUCGAAGUAACAUCGACUAACCAACUAACUUUCCACCUAACGGAGGCAUACUACCAAAAAAGUAACUUAAAUAACUAUUAUAAUCAUAAUUAUAAAAGUACUUUUUAAAUUGCAUUUCUGUACAAUUUCAAAGAGAAGUUUAAUUUCUCUGAUUCAAUUUUAUUACACAAAUGUAAAUAUUUAAGAGAAUAAUUAUGCAUUCAGCUAAUAUAUGUUUUAAUAAUAAAUUAUUUUAUAUUUAGUUUGCAGCCUCUUUAGUUUUAGUUCAAAGAACACACUACUCAUAAGCGAGUUAAUACUUUUCAUUGAUUUCUGUUGACAAGACUUUAAAAAUUUUAUAAAAAAAAUUAACAAAUUACUUAAAAACAAAUACAUGUUUGCAGAAUUAAUAAAAUACAAUCUCAGAGUAUGAUUUUGAAUUUUCAAAAUGUUAAGCAAUGAAGAUAUACUCAUCAGUGUCCCCUGGGGCCAUAUAGCUGGACGUUGGUAUGGAAAUCGCAGUGUAAGACCCAUACUAGCUUUACAUGGUUGGCAAGAUAAUUUAGGAACCUGGGAUAGACUUAUUCCCCUAUUACCCCAGCAUAUAGGAAUAUUGUGUGUAGAUUUUCCUGGUCAUGGUAGAUCCUCCAAAUAUCCGAAUGGCAUAACAUAUCAUAUGAUUGACUAUGUGGACACAAUUCUAUUAAUUAUGAAAGAAUAUAAUUGGAAGAAAGUAUCCAUAUUAGGUCAUUCUUUGGGAGGUAUUAUAGGUUUUAUAUACACCUCACUAUAUCCUCAAACAGUUGAUAUGCUCAUACAGUUAGACAUUAUAAUGACACCGAUAAGAAGUCCUGAUUACAGAAUAAGAAAAUUGAUAAUGGGUACAGAAAAACUCUUAAUUGAAAAUGAACGUUUAGAAAGAUUAAAUUUCGAAGAACCUCCUUCAUAUUCCUAUGAAGAAUUAAAAGAAAAACUAUAUUUAGGUUCUAACAAAUCAAUUGAGAAAGAAAAUUGUAAAUAUUUACUUAAUCGUAGUAUUAAUGCUUCUCUAAUGAAUCCAGGAAAAUAUUAUUUUUCACGUGAUGGUCGCAUAAAAUAUUAUCAUGAAUUCAAUCCUACUCUAGAAUUAAUUCAAAUUAUGACUAAACGUUUGAAAAAUGUCAAUCAUUUGGUGAUUAAGUUUAAUAAAUCUGAUUAUAUAGAAAAUUUCAUGUUAGAUUUAGUUCGCAGGAACCAUCUAAAUAUGGAGUUUAACGAAGCAGAAGGUACCCAUCAUGCGCAUUUGAAUAAUCCCACUGAAGUGGCAGCUAAAAUUGUACCAUUUAUUUUGAGAUUUAUGCCAGAAACGGGUACAACUACAAGAAUGCAAAGUAAAUUAUAAAUGAUAAUCAUAUUUUUUGUUUAUAAAAUAAAGCAAUAAAUAAAUAAAAAAAUAAAUAUUUUUGAAAUGUAUAUUAAAUUUUGAUAUGGAUUAUAAUAUUUUUCUUAGUGUAUAUUUAAGUGUUUUGUUUAUAAAAGAGCACACAACAACCUUUGAACGAACGUUUACUGAACAAUUAAAAAAACAUGC